CUUAUAUUUCUCUCUUCCAUCUGCCAAUCACUUUCUUCAACCCGCCCUUUUCGCAAUGGAGCCCAAGCCAGAACCACAAGAUCAGGACGAAUUGUUGUUCUCCUUUCUUAACAACGACUGUGUUGAUAACAGCAAUAACAUGAAUUGGAGUAAUAUUGACUUCAUCGAUCCCCCGUCUCCGCCAUAUUCAACCAGCUCAACUGAUUCAGUAGCUCACUUGGGUUCACCGCCAAGUGAGUAUGACGCAUCCACUACUAUGGAUAUGCUUUCACCGGAUUGCCUUUGGCAAUUUAUGUCGCCCAUAGCUGGCGAUGAAAAUAUGGCAAAUAUGCCAUUCCCACCUGUCGUGUUUCCACAUGCCAUGCCUUUCGAUUUAGAAUCACCACACUCGUCACCUCAAACCUCAGAUAGCGAGCAAAACAAGCGAAAGCGAGGCAGGAAGGCAAAGACAUCCACGUCUCCACCUAUAGCGAAUACCACACUCAAACCGUUAUUACCCUCAACGAACCGAAGACCUUCGGAAAUCGCGGUCAGGCCAAAUAUUGCGCCUUCACCCAACCCUCCCUCCUCCGCCUCACAUGUUGUGCAGGUGAAAUCGGAGCCAUUAGAACAUAUCCCCUUACUAUCCAAAAAGCCCCUUACAUCCCCUCAACCCCCGCAAGUCUCAAAUCAACAAGCCACUGUUGCGGCAAAGCGACAAGAGCGUUUGAUCAAAAACAGAGCUGCUGCUCUUUUGUCUCGCAAGAGAAAGCGUGAACAUUUAGUUUCACUUGAAGAGGAAAAUAUCAUUCUCAAAGAGGAAAAUGAUACACUAAAGGACCAAGUUGCAAAACUCACUGGUGAGCUUCAAAUGGUCAAGAGCGAAAACGAAGAACUAAAGGCAACGUAUGGUUCAUCGAAAGCUACUCCAAAAGGCUCAAAGGCAACUGGCAUGGUGUUCAUGAUUAUGCUCUUUUCAUUUGCUUUAUUUAGUCUACCGAACGGCAGCGUGAACCGGCUGACAGUAGGAGGCGCAGCGAAACAACACCUCAUUGGUCCAUCCAGCUUUUACUCUUUCGAACCGAAGCAACACAAGCUGUUGGAUGGUGGAUCACCCACUGCAUCAUCACCAGCCCAGUCAACCGAGCUCAUGGUGGUAGAAUCCAUCAAGCCUUAUGAUUUGCAGUUGUGGAUCCAAGAAAGUUUGAAAACGGAGGCAGAGGCCGAUAAGCGUACGAGUGACACUGCUUCUAGCACUGGGCUUGUUCAAUACCAAACAGGCCAACCCGUCAUCAUGGCUGAUACACCUUCUCUAUACCUUUAUGCCAACCACCUCUCACAAGUUGUUCGAUUAUCGGAUGAGCACAACAAGCAGGCCAAUUCAGUAUCGCCACGUGUUUCACUCUUGUCACCUUUAGUACCUAGUCACGAGUCUUGUGAACCACAACAGUACUUGCAAGUUGAUAUGCAAGUCCUUGGUUCAAAGAUUGUAGGCGCCCAGAUGGUUGGCUUAAAGGACUCUGCUUUCAUACCAGUUAGCAUGAAAGAUCAACUUGUCACUCCACCUUCCUCAUCUUCACUAGGUGGCUACAACCUAAACGACACUGAUGAUACAGCACGUAAAAAUAAGCGCAGGCGCAACGUGCGAAGCUCAUCAAAGCGUGCAAAGGUUCUUGCUUAGAUGUCAAGAGUGUGUUUUUUUUUCUAAAAGAUAUUACAUUGAAGAAUAAGCGUGUUAGAUUGUUACUCUUCCUUUUUUAAAAAUUAUCCUUUCUUCAGAAAAAAACUGUGUUUCUUUUUUUACUGCUUCUCAUACUUUGCCUUCUGCCACAUAUACCACUUGUCCAAAGAAAACGUUUUCAAAGAUUUGAUGUGUGGUUUCCAUUCUUUGUUUACCCAAUUCAAAAAAUAAAAUAUAUAUCAUCAUUUGUAAGAAUACA